CUCAGAUUCAGCAGCUCUUUGAGAGGGGGAUGAAAGGAAGAGGAGGGAGGAGUUAGUCUCGUGUAGGUGCAGGCUUAUGUCAGUUAGAAAACACGUAUUUUCCCGUGGCAGCGAGACAAGGUGGGACGAGUACAGAGAGCUCUGCCUGCCGACACAUGAUGUGGCUGACUCUUGUCUACUGUUGCACCGGUGGAGCCGCUCUGCUGUACGGGCUGUACAGAUGGGUGAUACCCGCUGCUGUGCAGUAUCACGGAGGAUUGGCCCUCAUUUGGCACGAUGUCAUUGUGGAACAGAUGCUGGACGUACUGACUCAGUCCACACGUCCUCAGCGUCUCCUGAGUGCAGUACAGAAGAACGCCACUAGAGGGGACCCUCGCAGCGUGGUCAAAGCCAUCGAUCAGUUCUGCAGACACAGCGAGUGGGCCAUGAACGUGGGGGAUGAGAAGGGCUGCAUUCUUGACUCCGUGGUGUCUGAGGUAAACCCAGCCACUGUGUUGGAGCUGGGAACCUACUGUGGCUACUCCACAGUGCGGAUCGCCAGACUGCUCCCUCCUAACGCCAAGCUCAUCACUCUUGAAUUUAACCCGGACUUUACUCCGAUUGCUCGUCAAGUCAUUGCUUGGGCAGGAUUAGAGGAAAAGGUUCAGUUAGUUGAAGGAGCAUCUGGUGACUGGAUCCCCAAAAUGAAGGAGCAGUUUGGAGUGGAAACAUUUGACUUGGUUUUCCUGGAUCACUGGAAGGAUCGGUACCUUCCUGACACAAAGCUGAUGGAGGAGUGUGGUCUCCUCCGGAAAGGCAGCGUCCUGCUGGCAGACAAUGUCAUCUGCCCUGGGACUCCUGACUACUUGGAAUAUGUUCGCAACAGCCCGCACUACAAAAGCCAGUACUUCAAGUCUCACCUGGAGUACACCAAAGCAGAGGAUGGCUUGGAGAAGUCUGUCUUCUUAGGGUAGAAGGGAAGAAGUGUCAUAUUUUACAUGGACACUAGCAAACUUCAGACCCCUGUUGUCUUGGGUUCACUUGGCAGAUCAGUUAAAUCUGUUUUUUCUAAUACAUUAUAGAAUGUGUUAACUUCAAUUAAAAGUGAUACAUCAUGUGAAGGUCAAACA